GAGUUAUUAAUAACUGUCCAAUCAGGAGGUAGACGAUCUUUAUUAAACGACAGUAAAACGGCAGCUAAAAUAAAAGAGAUGGAGAAUUUGAUGAAGAAGAUGAUUAUUGAAGCCCAGGCUUGGAGAAAUCGAGAGUCCGAUCUUAAAAAAUCUUUACAGACAUUUAUGGAUGAGAUGACAAAAUGUAAGAAACGUGAGGCAGCGAAUUUAAAAAAGAAAAAUGAAAUGAUGCAACAUGUUCAUCUUUAUCAACAGGAAGUUAAUGACCAGAAACAACUCAUUAAGGAUCUCCAUCAGACAAUAACUAAAUGUUUAGAUAAAGAAGCCAAUGAUUCUUCAGAUCAGCUGUUAAAGGAACUGUGGCAGGAUAAUGUCAGUAAGAAGAAAAAGGUGGGUUUAUUGGUGCCGUUAUUUUAA